UGAUCUUAUAUAUGUUUGAAGCUAGCUUGAUUAAGCUUAAUUGAAUCCUAGUUUUGUCUGUGUUUGUGUAUUGGGUCAAAUUGGUAUUGAGAGAAUUUUGAUUAGUUUGGAGGGUUUUGGUUUAGAUUUAGAUUUUUGAGUACAUGAACAGGUUCAGAAAUGUGCUGCUACGAAAGUGCAAGAGCCUGUCACGUUCUCUCUCGAGGUCGAGCUCCUACAGGAACCUCCGGUCCAUGUCCACCAGGGAGCUCGGCGGCGGCGGCGGCGGCGGCGACGGUGGAGGUCACCAUGCGGUGCCUGCCGGCGGCGGCGGCGACCGCGCGGUGGUGUUCGUCGGCAGCUCGCGGCGGCGGUACGUGAUCAGCAGCAAGCACCUCAGCCACCCGCUGGUCGCCGCGCUGAUCGACGACGCGGUCCCGGCCGCGGGUGCCGGCGGCGGCAACGUCACCGUCGCAGAAGGAAGGGAAGGCGGCGGCGGCGGCGGCGGUGGGGUUGAGAGAAGGACAGCGGCUGCGACGGCGACAUCGACGACGACGACGACGACGAAGCCGAUCGCCGUCAACUGUGAGGUCGUGCUGUUCGACCACCUGCUGUGGAUGCUGGACAACGCCGUCGACCUCCGCGCCGGCGGCGACGGCGACGACGACGACGCCGCCAUGAGGGAGCUCGCGCAGCUCUACGCCUACUAGCUGCUGCUGCUGAUCGAUCAUGGAGAUCAACUUAAUCAACACCAUCAACUUUAGUUAAUUACUCGGUACAUGCGUGCUUGCAAUUGCAUGUUGUUAAUUAGUUCUUUCGAUCAAUUAACCUGCUUUGAUUGAUUUGAUUAAUUUUAGCUUUUGAUGCUUCUUUGGUUGUCGCGCGAGAUCCAAAAGAGAUUCUUCGGCGCGAUGAAGAAGAUGAUCAAUAUGAUGUUCAUGCAAAUGUCUGAAAAUGGGCGGUCUACAUAUGAAAAUAAAUUCGGAACAGCAGAGGCAUGAAGGCACAGAACAGCUGAACUGAACAAGAAGAUAUAAUUAACGGCAGAUGACAGGAUCGACAGGCCACCAAAUACA